AUGGAGUGUUGAUGAGUGAGUUAUGGUGUCUAAAAUGUUUCUGUGAUUUUUUUACGUAACAAAAUUAUUGUGUACUGACAGCUUAAUGCUGUGGUAUGGAACAAGAGGGGGAUAAGAAGAAACUGAACGAUGACCUGGUCGUGUUUAUGCGUAAAAGGAGCGAGACGGAAGAGCCGCGAUACUCGGCUCGCCUCCACGCCUAUGUCGAUUUACAUCGAAAGCGCAGUCGAGCGGCGGCCGCGCGGCGUCGUUCCGAACAUUUUUACCAACAAAGAAUAUCGUCGUCGAGAAAGAAGACAGCUAAUGAACAGAGAGAGAAAACUAUAGAUAACUGGGCCGACAUGCCAAAGACCGCGCUAAGAUCCGCUUGUGGAAUAUUCCGUGAUAGUUCUGAGAUGAAUGAAAAAUGUAUGAAUAGAAGGCGUGGAGGCGAAAAAAUGCAGGGACGUAAAGGUUCACUCUCAAGGUCGCGGUCUGAACCGUCGGACAGGUGCAGCCGGCGGAGGCGGCACCGACGGAGUCGUUGCGGGCGUCGCCGACGUCGCUGCAGCUGUCGUCGGCGUCGUCGUCACAGCUCUCGACGUCGUCGUCGUCGCAGUCGCAGUCGCAAACGUCGUCGCAGCUGCCGUCGCAAGAGACGGUGCUGUUGUCGACGCUAAACACGAGUACUUUACAACACUUUCACCAAUAUAAAAUCAUAAUUUACACCUAACAAUGAAAUGUUUACUACUAUUACGGCUUUAUUCUGAAAGGAGGUCAGUACAUUGUACUAAUUUGACCGUCACAGUAAUAUAAGGUUUCUCAAACUUACAGUUUCAUGUGCCAAUAUUAGGAUUUACAGACAUGUCUAAAAUACUGACUAUUGUUAAAGCAAAUAAAACAUUUUAUUAAAAAAGAAGUAAAAAAGAGCAAUGUACAUCUUUUUAAUAUCAGCUUGAAGAGUUUGCUCUUUGGAGAAUUUCGUCCGUUAUGCUUGUUAUACGUGCAAAUCUGCCAAGCUGCUGCUGUCACGUCAAUUUUGUCACAUACCCCCUAUAGUUAACAGAUGUACCCUAAGUGAUACGCUUACUCUAGUUUGAGAAAUCCAGCAAAAUAUAUUGCAACUGAACAGAGACCUUUAAUUCUAUGCACGACCAUGAUAUUUUCACCAUUAUCAGCAUAUGUCAUUUUUAAAACUUCUUUGUACAAUUGUACCAACUACUUUGCUAUUUUAUCGUGACGGUAAAAUCGUAUAAUAUUGUUUCGUGCUAUGAGAAAUUAUAAAAGUGUCCAUCCGACAAUUUGAAAUCUUUGCAUUUGUUUUGAAUGCAAUCUCUAUAAAAUUAUCUUUAAUUUUUUAAAACCUAUAUAUUCAAAAUCGUAUUGCUAGAAAAUGGCAGAGAACAUUAGAAUAUUAUUGUUGACUAUUAUGUAUCUAUUUAGAAUUAAAUUAUUGGAUUGUCUUGUUAUCCUCUGUUAGCAUAUCAUUACGCCAUUCGUAGUUUUUGUCGUCUAUUGUUU